UCUUGAUUUCUUCAGCAUCCUCUUGCAGCCUUGCUUUUCCCAUUUGAAAAGUCUCAGGACUCCAUACCAAUUCUCUCGAAGCCCUUGGAACUUCUUCUCUAUUUCCCUCAAGUCUGCACGCUUCUGCCCAUUGCUACUAGCCUACCUCUCUUUACUUUCCUUGUAGUUUUUCAUAUAUGUGUGUGUGUAUAUAUAUAUAUAUAUAUAUAUGUAUAUCGUUGUGUGAUUUUUUUCUCGUUUUAAAAACUCCGGACUUCAACCCAGUGGAGUAUUGGGGAUCCCCUCUGGAUUCCGGGGCUUAGUUGUGUUAAAAAAUGGGGAUGAAGAGGGGAAAACUGGAAAAGUUCAACAUGGUCGUGUCUCUGAGCAGGCAAAGAUUGGUUCAGAUAGUGAUCGGAGUGGGUCUUUUGUAUAUUCUUAUGGUCUUCCUAGAAAUCCCCUUUGUGUUCAGGACUGGGUUCGGUGCUGUGUCUCAGGAGGCUCUCUCACGGCUCUCUCGGCUCGAGUCCGACGAGGACUUGGAAGAACGCCCCAAUAAACUUAUCUCCCUUAACUCUCCUCAGCCUAGUCAGUCUCAACCUCUCGAGUACAGAAUGUUAUCCGGCUUGGCGUUCGACCCCAAAACUUUCAUUUCGGGUCGUGGGGACGGGGCUUCGGCACUUUACAAGUCGGCGGGGGCGGCCUGGGAAGUGGGGAAAACGUUCUGGGCAGAUAUCCAAUCGGGAAAAACAAAAGUUACCGUCAAGACCGAGAACCGGUCGGUGGAGCGGUGCCCGCAUUCGGUUUCGCUAUCCGAGUUGGAGUUCUUGACCUGGAAGCAAGUCGCAGUGCUGCCGUGCGGCCUCACAUUGGGGUCGUACGUGACUUUGGUUGGGAAGCCAAGGCCGGCGCAUGUCGAACACGAACCGAAGAUAGCGAUGGAGAAGAACAACAAAGACUCGGUGAUGGUGUCGCAGUUCAUGGUGGAAUUGCAAGGCUUGAAGACUGCUGAGGGCGAGGACCCACCUAGAAUUUUGCAUUUCAAUCCGAGGUUGAAAGGGGACUGGAGCGGGAAGCCCGUGAUUGAGCUCAAUACUUGCUAUAGGAUGCAGUGGGGGUCAGCGUUAAGGUGCGAGGGGUGGAAGUCCAGGGCUGAUGAAGAAACCGUUGAUGGUCAGGUGAAGUGUGAGAAGUGGAUUCGAGAUGAUCAACACGGAACAGAGGAGUCUAAGGCAACAUGGUGGUUGAAUCGGCUAAUAGGCCGAACAAAAACAGUUACUAUUGACUGGCCAUAUCCAUUUGCAGAGGGCAAGCUAUUUGUUCUAACUCUUAGUGCUGGAUUGGAGGGUUAUCAUGUUAAUAUUGAUGGGAGGCAUGUCACCUCUUUCCCUUAUCGUACAGGAUUUAGUAUGGAGGAUGCCAUUGGGCUAUCAGUGAUUGGGGAUGUUGAUAUCCACUCUGUAUACGCUGCCUCUUUACCUACAUCACAUCCUAGUUUUUCUCCACAGCGACAUCUUGAGUUUUCAAACAGAUGGAAGGCUCCACCACUUCUAGAUGAGGAUGCAGAGCUUUUCAUUGGUAUUCUUUCUGCUGGCAACCAUUUUGCUGAGCGGAUGGCUGUAAGGAAGUCUUGGAUGCAGCAUAAGCUUAUCAAGUCUUCUAUUGUGGCAGCUCGCUUCUUUGUAGCAUUGCACACAAGAAAGGAAGUGAAUAUUGAACUGAAGAAAGAAGCAGAGUUCUUUGGAGAUAUUGUUAUUGUCCCGUACAUGGAUAAUUAUGAUCUUGUUGUGUUGAAAACUGUUGCCAUCUGCGAAUACGGGGUUCGCGUAGUCUCUGCUAAGUAUAUCAUGAAGUGUGAUGAUGACACAUUUGUGAGAGUCGAUGCAGUUUUUAAUGAAGCAAAGAAAGUGCCUGAGGGUAGGAGCUUGUACAUUGGAAACAUAAAUUACUACCAUAAGCCCUUGCGCUAUGGCAAAUGGGCAGUAGCAUACGAGGAGUGGCCAGAAGAAGAUUAUCCGCCCUAUGCAAAUGGACCAGGCUAUAUUUUGUCAUCUGACAUUGCACACUUUAUUGUAUCUGAAUUUGAGACGCAUAAAUUAAGGAUGUUUAAAAUGGAAGAUGUGAGCAUGGGAAUGUGGGUGGAGCAAUUCAACAGCUCAAAACCGGUUGUGUAUGUGCAUAGUUUGAAGUUCUGCCAGUUUGGUUGCAUAGAAGAUUAUUAUACGGCCCAUUAUCAGUCUCCAAGGCAGAUAAUGUGCAUGUGGACCAAAUUGCAAUUGCAGGGAAGGCCUCAGUGCUGCAACAUGAGAUGAUGAAUGACUGUGGUGUGUGACCUAUCAUCUUCAGAAUCCAGUAUAGAAAAAGGAAAGAAACAAGUGCAAGUUUUGCAGUCGGCAUAAUGUUAUUGUAUAUCCUGUGGAGGUACCGUAUAAAUACCCUUCCAAAUUCUUUCAUUUUUUUCUCGUUCUUUGUUCCGGUUUUCUUUUUCGUCUUCCUCCUUGCUUGGAGGGCCUGGUGUUCGAAGGUGAUGAGAUUAGAUGUGGAGGGAACAAAUUCAAAAGGAUCCAAGUUCUGUAAUUUACAAUAGAACCACAGCUAAUGGAAAUGAUUAUCAUUUAGAUUCA